AUGGACGCCGACGAGCAUGCACCGCCGCCCUACGACGGCACCAUGAGCGACCCGCUCGCGUCGCCGUCGCAAUCACAGACGCUGAACGCCGCGCGGCUCGCGCGGCUGCGGACGGCGGGCCGGCGCACCGCGGCAGAAGCCGAGCCGGCGGCGCCCGCCGCGGCGCCCGUCGCGGACGUCGCCGCGCUCGACGCGCGCGCGGAGGAGCUGCUGAGGCGCUGCGACUCGCUGCUCGCGCGCACGCAGCCGCCCGCGCCGCCGGAGCCGGAGCCCGAGCCCGAGCCCGAGCCGCCCGCGGCCGUCGACCCCAUCGCGUCCGACGCGGCGGCCGUCGUCGACCUGAUUUCCGAGGUCGUCAUCGGCGGCUUCUCGCCGCGCGCGUCGGCGUAUAGCAGCCCGCCCCCGUCGCCGCAGCGCCUGCCCGCGCGGUCGCCGGCGCGCACGCCGCCCGCAUCACCGUUGCGGUCGCCGCCGCGGUCGCCGGCGCGCGCACCGGCGUCGCCACCGCGGCAGUUGCCGCCGCGCGUCCCGCCCGGCGAGGUGGAGGCGCUGAGGCGGCGCGCGGCGCCGUACGCCGGCGACGAUGUCGUGAAGACGCUACUCGCGCGCAUCGCCGCCGUCGAGGGAAAGCUCGGCGGCGUCGACGCCGGCGCCGCGCGGAGGCCUCUCAUCGAGGACCGGUUCGUCUUCUAA